CCGGGGCCGGGCUGCGAUAGCUCGCCGCCAGCGUCCUUCGCUGACCUUCCCUCCCCAGAAAAAGGCGCCGGGCUUUGGGCUGCGCAUCCCGCAGGCGGGACGCUCAAUCCCGGAGUCAAUUCAAACGCAGCAGCCCCCGCCUCCUGCUCCUGCUCCGCCUUUGCCUGGACUGGGACUGGUCGAGCGACCUCAGCCUUCCCUUCCCGUCUGUCGUUAGAGGACGUUUGCUUCGGCUUCCCCAGGACCGCCACGGAACCCCGACUGUAGCCUGAUCCACUUUCCGUAUCUAUGCAUAUGCGGCGGGUCAGUGGCACCACUGCCCAUGACAAUGGGGAGGAUAACUCUUUGGGGAAAGAAGUUGAAUCCUUUCUGAGUGACCAACAACAAUUCUCUUGCGUCAAUGACCUUACCAGAGUGAAUCCUGUAACCACCACAACUGUACUGAAGUGUCUGCAAGCAAGAUAUGCUAUUGAUGUGUUUUAUACCAACGCGGGGUGCAGCCUCGUGGCCAUCAACCCCUUCCGUCCAGUUCAGCCUCUCUACUCGCAAGAGCUCAUGAAAGAAUACCACACCGCUGCUCAUCUUCAGGAAUUAAAACCUCAUAUUUUCACGGUAGCAGAAGAAAGCUACCGAAACGUCCAGAGCCAGAUUCCACUAGUCAAUCAGUCCAUAAUUGUUAGUGGGGAAAGUGGUGCUGGUAAGACAUGGACAUCACGCUGCCUGAUGAAAUUUUACGCGACUGUUGCGGCUUCAUCUGAUGUCCCGGAAGGCAGUAUAACUGUGGAGAGGAUAGAGCAGAGAGUGUUGGAUUCCAACCCUGUCAUGGAAGCUUUUGGAAACGCAUGUACACUUCGGAAUAACAACAGCAGCCGCUUUGGGAAAUACAUCCAGCUUCACUUAAAUAGAUAUCAGCUUUUAACAAGUGCCUCCAUUCAGACUUUUCUGCUGGAGAAAACGAGAGUUGCCUACCAAGCCCCGCAGGAAAGGAAUUUCCAUAUUUUUUACCAGAUUUCAAAAGGUGCCACGCAGGAUGAGCGACGAGAAUGGGACCUUCUGGAGAGUGCACAUUUCUGUUGGCUUCCAAAUUCUGAAAAGACUCUUGAAGAAGACUGUUUUGAUGUGACUCGGGAGGCCAUGACCCAUCUGGGUAUUGACUGUUUCACUCAGAAUAAUGUUUUUAAGAUGCUAGCUGGUCUUCUCCAUUUGGGCAAUAUCCAGUUCUGUCAGUCAGAGGAUGAGUCACAACCUUGUGAGUUAGAAGACCUGGCCAAAGGCUUUGCGAGGACAGCUUCCCGGCUUUUAAAAGUGCCUGGGGAGCAGUUGUUGGACACACUCAGGAUCCGGACAAUAACUGCUGGGAGACAACGGCAAGUGUUCAGGAAGCCUUGUCUCAAGGCAAUGUGUGAAACAAGGAGGGACUGUCUGGCCAAGGUGAUUUAUGCCAGGAUCUUUGACUGGCUGGUGUCCGUGAUCAAUGGAAGCAUCUGUGCCCCAACUUCCAAGUGGAGCAACUUCAUAGGUCUGCUGGAUGUUUACGGUUUUGAAUCCUUUGUAGAAAACCACUUGGAACAGCUGUGCAUCAACUAUGCCAAUGAGAAACUGCAGCAGCACUUCGUCAGCCAUUUUCUAAAGGAGCAGCAGGAAGAGUAUGCUGAAGAAGGUCUGGAAUGGUCCUUUGUAAACUACCAGGAUAAUCAAACCUGCCUGGACGCCAUUGAGGGCAAUCCUGUUAGCAUCUUCUCCUUGCUGAAUGAGGCAUGUCGCCUUAACUGGACCUCCGAUGCCCGGCAGUUCCAAAGCCGGCUUGAGAUUGCUCUGUCCAAGAACUCCUGUAUAAGCCGAGACAAGUUUAAGAAGGAGCCAAACUUCAUUGUAUCCCAUUACGCCGGCAGUGUCUGCUAUCGAGUUGAGAGCAUGGUGGAAAAGAAUAAGGACCCUGUCCCCCCAGAGCUGGUCCUAUUGCUGCAACAAUCCCAGGAUGCCUUGAUUCAGAGAUUAUUUCCUGCGGAGGCCACAAACUCCAACCCUGAGGAAAAUGAUACCAAGACUCAGGCAAAACCUGCGCUGGUCACCGUCGUCUCAAAAUUUAAGGGUUCCCUCGAGCAGCUGAUGGAGAUCUUGCACAGCACCACUCCACACUAUAUCCGGUGCAUUAAACCCAAUGCAGACUGCAAGGCAGCCCUUUUCAGAAAAGAGGAGGUUCUGCAUCAGCUGGAGGCAUGUGGCAUUGUAGAAACCGUCAACAUCAGUGCAGCUGGCUUUCCAGUUAGGAUUUCCUUUGGAAGCUUUUUAGAACGCUAUGGGCUGCUGAAGAAAUUACAGAAACGAAAUCUGAAAGCCCCGUCCAAUCAAGAAAAUGGCUUUUCCCCUGAUACAGAGAAUGGUGGGCCGAUGACUCCCCCUGUAGAAGAGGAAGGUGACACUUUGCAGUCCAAGGUCCAAGAUAUCCUUCAGCAACUGAACCCCAGCAAUUCUUCUGUCAAACCUGGAGAAACCAAAUCACCCAACUUACCAAUGUUUUGUGGCAAGACCAAAGUAUUUUUGACCAACUCCAUGUUGGAGCUUCUCGAAUUUCAGAGGACUUCGGUCUUAUCCGAGAAAGCAUUCUGCAUCCAGUGCUGUUGGAGAAGGUUUAGGAGGCAAAAGGUGGCCAGGCGGAGGCGGUCUGCAACCAUCAUCCAGUCAGCUGUUCGCCAGUGGCUAGCUAGGAAACAUUUCCAGAGGUUACGUAAGGCCGUUAGGAUUAUAAAACGGACCUGGAGAAAAUGGAAGGCCAAGAUGGCUCUGAUAGCUGCAGAAGAACUGGAUGGUGUUGAAGAACAUCCCCUUUCCUCAAGCCAGGCUCCUAGAGAACUGGACAGGUCCUGGCCUCUGGAUUCCAUCGUCCACUCCUGGCCUCUCAGUCUUGCUCUCUCAAGCGCCCCAACGACAGUGAAGGGGUUCCAGAGAGACCUCGCUCUCCUAACCUGCCUCCAGGUCUUACAGAAGAUGGGCUGGAACAAGGCAGAGACCAGGCUCCCUGUGCAAGGUGUCAGCUCCAUCAGAGCUCCCCCGCAGGGCUCCAUCAAGUUCCACUGCAGGAAGUCCCCGCUGCUUUACGCCAACACCAGGCCACACGGCCUCACUUAUGUAAUGACUGGGCUCAACCAGAUUCUCCUUGAUAAAUGUGCAGUACUCUCAGCCUGAUAGGGGUCUUCUGGGCCCUAGAUCUGUCCUCUAUUUAUUGCUCCCGAACCCUUGCAGUAUCUUCUGCCUAGGAUGCCCCCCGGAGAAGCACAACCCUAACGUAGGCACUUCUUCCACACAUGGACAUUGCCUGGAAGCAGAAGUAGAGUCCUGGCCCACCCAUUCAAUCCAUCCAUUUAUUAAAAUACAGUUGUACUCAUUUCCCACAUUUCUGGGGGUUGUGUGCAUAUAGUAGAAACCGAGCUACCUCCAAUAGCUUAUCUGGCCUUACGGAGUGGAGGGAUCCUGCCCCCUUCAUCAUCUGAUCUGACUUUCAGAAUCUGGAAGCAAAUCUUUAAAAGGUUGUGCACACUUUGGAAAUGAUGCACAAGUGCUCUGAGCAUCACGCCUUUCUGCUAUUCAGUAAAGCAGCCCAACUUUUUCCAGGUUUCCAUACAAGGCUUUAAAUAAUGCUACUUUAAGGAAUCCCCUGGUUUAAGUUGAACCUUAAAGCAGCAGCAUUUUUUUUUCCACGCUUCUGCAAAAGCCUCAGUAUGGCCAGACUUCGAUGAAUUCCAAAGAAGUGCUGUGUUUGGACCAGCUUGAGCUCAAAGCUGUUCUUCCAAAUCAUUCUGAAGCAUGUACAGCUCUAAAUUUUAUUGAACCCAGUAGCCUGUAGAAUUUCAAUCCUGCUAGUUUUGGGAGUCCAUAUUUUUUUUAAAAAUUGUCUAUAUGACGUGCAUUCAAAAUGGUGCUGUAGAUUUGCUAUACAACAAAUCUGUUUCGCUUGGAUAGAAAUCUUCAGGGUUAUUCUUUUUUUAAUGGCCACAUAAUUUAUUAUCAAAGACACCAUUUUAAUGUAGUGAGAACUUUAUAUUUUUAAAACUUUCUCUACUGCACUGUCAGUGUUCUUGACGUAGUGAGCAAAAAGUCCGAUGUUAGGGCAUUUAAAAAAAAUCUAAAGAGUUAUUUUGAAAAUCCCUGUGAGAUGCAGCUUUUUUGUUCAAAAUGUCUAUUAAAAUGUCAACAGAUAUCUUCACAGGGAAGGAAAAACCAAUAAUAAAUACUUUUAAAAUAUUAACAGGAUUAAAAGGCAGGGGUCAAAAUAACUCUCUUCUCUGAUCCCUCUACCUAACUUCCAGGUUACAUUAAAUUUUGUACAAAUUAAGAGUUAAUAAACUUCAGAGAUUAUUAUAAA